AACAAAGUCAAACACAAUUUCAAAUGACAAAGCGCAACUAAUACCCAGAUAUAAUUGUUUUAAAAUAGAAAAUCUGUGGUUAAUUUGACUUUUCGUCGCAAUGGCUCCUAGCUCUGGUGCAGUCCUCUGGGUUGAACUGACCAAUUAUUAGGCGAUGCUGGAUGGCCCUCGGUGGACGCCUCGAUGCUCCCCCGCACCCGGUGGACGGUGACGGCUCCUCGGGUGCCUUGGGCAGACGGCAGGAGUCCCCCGCUCCCUGCUCCUCCCCUUAACUGGCGGAUGGCAGCAGGCUCCGGCCCACGGCAAGUGGCGGUGACUCCUCCUCUCCCUCCCGGAAGGCAGCCGCCCCUCCAUUCCCAGGCGGUCGGCGGUGAGCUCGGCGUACCACCGGCAACGCACCCCAGCGCCCCGCCUCGAGUGUCCAUGGCAGCGAGUCCCCCGCUCCCUGCUCCUCCCCUUAUGCGGCGGACGGCAGCAGGCUCCGGCCCACGGCGAGCGUCGGCGACUCGCGCACCAUGCUCGAUGGCACUGCCGAUUCCCCACAGCGGCGAUGACUCUCGGACAGCCUUGGAAAGUUAGAAAAUUAGAC